AUGGUGGUGGCACGAACGUUCCGUGUGCUGUAUCGGAUUCUGAUUGACUACUGUUCCAACUGUUCCCUGGCCGGUGUCGGAUACAUCUCCAACCGGAAGUACCACUGGACCGAGCGGCUCUUCUGGAUCGGGUGCGUCCUGUUUGCCUGGACGGGCUCCUACCUGCUGAUCAAGACGUACAUGGAACUGUUUCGCAAGGAUGCCGUUAGCAUCGUGGUGGAGAACUUGGACAAACGCAAGGACAUUACGUCAUUUCCGUCGGUGGGCGUGUGCGAGAUGGGUUACACCAAGCAGCAGUACGACGCUUUGCAGCAUAUGAUUGAUGGGUUUCGUACCAGCGAAGAGAUGGAGUACAACUACGACGUGGAGGAGUUCAUGUUGCGGUUGAUCUACCAUAAUCUCUACAACUACGGCUCGAUCAAGUCGUACUGUACGAUGUACAAGGACUGCGACGAUUGCGUCAAGUGCCCGGUGGAUGGAUACCCAAAGUUUUCCGUGGCCGUUCGGGCAAACUGUUCCCAGCUGUUCGAAGAGUGUCGUUGGAACGGGCGGGUUUUCGACUGCUGCAGCUACUUUCGUGUGAUUCAAACAACGAUGGGCUCCUGCUUUCUGCUCAACUCGGUGCAAACGAUUAAAAAAUACGGGCCAUAUUGGUUACGAACGGACAUGAGCAUGGCUUCCCCGAGAGGUGAACUGCUGCUCAACUUUACCCGAGCCACAACGGCGUACGUGCAAAACGAGGAAGACAUCCCGCACAUGCUGCUGACGACGCUGCAGUUCAACCAAAUGCCCGAAGGAUACACAGGGAAGAUUUUCAUCACCGUACAGAACAUCGCCAACGAUCCGCUGGUACGUACGGUCGAUAAGCACGUCCGAAGGUGCGUUUUUCCGGACGAAACCACCGACACCGGCUACGCCAAGUACAGCUACAGUGUGUGCGUUACGGAGUGUCUGAAGACGGCACAGAUAAAGACGUGUAACUGCUGCCACCACAACAUGCUGCUUGGAAAGAACGAUAAAAGUCCCGUGUGCGGUUACGACGGGUUAAACUGUCUCGAUCAGCGGGAUCUCAUGUUCCCGCAGACGACAAUCAUGCAACCGUGGCGUACGAACGGACUCGUGUGUGAUUGUUUUCCAUCCUGUACCGAGCACGAGAUACGCAUCAUUGGCCGAGAAGCGGACAUGGAAAGCCGGUCUGGCCGAUCGGUGUUGAUCAAAAUCAUGGGUUUACCCUCGCAACGUUAUCGGCGCCAGAUCGUGCGCGAGAACAUCGAUGUUGUCGUAUCGAUUGGCGGUAUCCUGGGACUGUUUACUGGCGCAAGUAUACUCAGCCUGGUGGAGUUCAUUUACUUCUUCACGGUGCGGUUUGGUUCGUACGUCGUCGCAGAGAUCAACGAGGAGAAUAAGAACGCACUCGAGGGUGCUACUGAUAGAGAUGAAAUACGUACGAAACCUCACUAG